AUGUUACGUAAACUGAAGGCGCAGUCACGUGAAAAUCUGAUUGCUCGUAAACCACAUCUGCUGAAGAUGCUUUCCGAAUUUGGCGAUUUUUAUUUGGAGUUACGAUGGGAUUUUCAAAGUUGGAUUCCUUUGCUUUCAAGGAUGCUGCCAUCUGAUGUUUGCAAAAUAUACAAACGUGGAACAAGUUUGAGGCUUGACACAACCUUAGUUGAUUUCAACGAUCGAACAUGGGAACGUGGCGAUAUUUCCUUUAUUUUUACCUCCGACUGUGAUCGAUCGAAAGAUCAGCUGGUAAUCCUGGAUCAUGAAUCUAAGGUAUUUCAACGGAUAAGGCAUGAGGAAUCGGAGGCCGAGUUGGAUGAGGAAGUGGAUGUUUUGAUGUCCUCGGAUAUUGUUAGUGCACAGAUGUCCACAAAACCGAUAACAUUCGAACGAACAAUGACCGGCUGGAUUUUCAAGCACGAAAAAUUGGAGCAGGUUGGUGAUUACAGUGCCGUUUACUACACAGUGGAAGGUAUGUCGCUGGUUACACGUAAAAGAAGAGAACAUUUGACGGCCGAAGACAUCAAGAAAAACAAAGCUUUCAUACAGAAUUUGGCUAUUGGAUCAAUUAUGGCAGAAGAUGAAUUUAAGGUAAUUCCUCUUGGCAAUCGAUAG